UAGGGCGCGUAUUUCCGAGAUAUAUUCAAUAGGAAACCUAGUUAAUAGUUUAGCAUUUUAGAAGGAAGUUUACAUCAAAGUUUGUGGGCAGCAGCAUAAAAAGGAAAUUUAAAUCAAACCCGAUAGCGUUUAUUCAAAGCAACAUAAAAUAUCACCGUCAUUUAACGCUGUUCCGAUUUACAAGUUUAACGAGUUUUGCCCGGCCCGGGAACAAACAAUUUUCCGAGAGAGCGACAUAAAUUUCCCAGCGCCCUAAUAUAAACGUCAAAACAGCCGAUUGCGCAAACGCGAAGCGUGAGACGCGACAUCAAUCAAUUCAUUUAUUACUGCCUACAAUAGUCUCGCAAUAGGUCUGUCCAAAGAUGAUAUCGGCGUGAUAUCGUCUUUGCAGUGCUCAUUGUAAAAUCAUCCGAGUGUACAAAUUGAUAAGCUUUAUCUAUGUGACAAGAAACCACCUUCGCAGAAAGCGGAAAUAAUAUUAGUUAUCUUUGGCGAAUCAAUGAGUCGUUAGUGCUAUCACCUCAUCACUGCAGAUAUAAAUCACUGCAGAUUCAACACAAAGAAUUAUAAUAAUGAUAGAAAGAGAGAUUUUGCUCAAACCGUCGAAGGAGAUUUUGGAGUAGCAGCAACAAUUAUGUACACGCUGCACAGCUAGUUAUAGUCCAGCUGAUGCAUCCUGACGAAGUGCAGCGAUGACACGUGGUUUGCGUGACCAUUGGCAGUCGCCAUCGGGACAACAACGACGAUGGCAACCGCUAACUAUUUCAAUUUCUCACCGCUUAACACCACGAACGAAUCGCGCACGUGCGAGCAGAGAGUGCAACGAUACCAGGCUGGAUAUGUGGCCCACCAUUUUGACGAAGGAGAGAUCACUCGUAUGCAAGGUACUAAAAUUUAGCAUCCUUCCUUUGGCUAUUCAUUGGCAUAGCGAACCGUCAUUAUCUCCAGAUGGACGAAGAAAGGCGAGACGGUGGGAGAAGACUUCAAGUAAUUUAUAAUUCGGGAAAGCACCUAUGAGGGAUCUGGAUGCAUGACGGACGAAUCACUGGUAGAUCGCAACCACCGAUUUACUGCCUCGCGCUCGUCCGAGCGUAACGUGGCUAUUUCUACUGUCGAGUAACGAAGAUAGAGCGAAAAGUUGGUCGGCCACCGUCGGCAAGCGGCGGUGUAUUCCUAGGCAACCAAUCUGGGACAAGGACGCGUGCACGAUUUGUGCGUAAGAUGACAUGACGCAUUAUGCGUCUUGGUAACACGUGAAUAUGAGACGACGCCAUUUAUUUGUGCAUCUCUUUGAUCAAAGAUCAAAAGAUGACAGAAAUGAUCAAUUAAGAUGAUAAUGCAAUAUCGCCAGCAGGAAAUUUACAUAAAUUCAUAUCAUGAUUCUAAAUGUGUUAUACUCCUCAUAAUGUUUCUAUUAUCUAUUAAUUAUUAACUUAAUUAAUCCU